GAAAAUGAUUUGCGAUAUUCCAGUUCAAAGAUUCAUGCAACAGAAUAAUAAAUUAUUGAAAGAAUACGUGCCUCAUACUUUCUCUUUUCUUAUAGAUAAUGGGGGUUCUUCAAACUGGGGUCGAGGUGGGGGCAGAGGAAGAGGUUGGAGCUAUCGUGGUGGAUAUGAAAGGGGUAGAGGUGGAGGAGGCAGAGGCUAUGGCCAUAGCCGUGGAAGGAUGGGUGGCCGGUCAAGGGGUGGUGGCUACUGAAGCAUAAUCAAGGAUAUGGUGUUGCUUCCUCUUUUUUUUCCUUUGGCUAAAUGCUUGCCUUGGCCAGUUGGGAAAAUUAUCAGAAUAUUUUUUUAGUAGAAUGAAAAUAUGGGUUAUGGUCUCUCCAGCACUAUCAAGCAGUGGAUUUGUGUUUGUUUCUUGAUGAUGUGGAUUUGGGCAAGGUUGUUAACUUU